ACAAAAUGGCCGCCGAAGACUUGACUGUAUUUCUGCAUCCACACAUCCGAUUUUAUUGACUGUUUGGUCCCUUUGUGGUCACCCAAGUGUUCAAUAUUUGCAAUAAAUCAAGAGAAUAAUCUUUGAUCUUAAGUUUGACCUCUUUUAUCGAUUGCCAUAUUAUAUCAGCGAAAUGUGACAAGGACCUCAAGUCGCUGUCUACGAGAGUCUCAUUCAUAAUUAUUUCAUUGUUGAUGUUAUGAUUCCUGUGUAGUCUGAAUUUGUAGGCUACCUAGUUUCAGACCACCACAUUUUGAUUGAUUGGACGAAGAAAACGACUUGUGAUCUUAAGUGAAGUACAGUAGGAAGCCACCUAUUUUUCCGCAUCUUUGUCAAAGUUGAGGAAAAUAUGGCGGAUGGUUUAAAAAGUGAACCAGUGAAUCGGAAUGUCUUGACAAGUGCAAGUUGGAGGAUGGAGGAGUCGGCAUUUACGCCAGGAGAUAAAAAUAAAAGUGAUGAUAAAUGUACGGUGAAAGAACAAAUGUGUGCUAAUUCUUCGUGUGCUCCUGUUGGGGAAAAUUUGAAGCCAGAUUUUGUAAAAGGUGGUCCAAGUUCUGGAUCUGCGUGCAGUAACGGAAGUGUCGAACCUGACUUUGGAGGUCUGGAUUAUACUAAUGUUUCAAAAAAAGACUAUGGAUCUAACUCAGAGUUUGGUUUUGAAGAAGAAAGAGAUGCUUAUGUUGAUAAUAAAAGCUCUUUAGGAAAAGAAAAGCAUAGUUCUCUAUUACCUCACAGUGGAAACAAAAGUGUGAGACGUUCCAACAAGUCCAUUGAGGCUGUGCUAAAAGAUAAAUAUGUUUCUCUAUUUCCCGAGGAUGAAGAUACGAUAGUACAGGAAGGAGAUCAGGCAAAUUCUGAUAAAGCAAAGUCUGAAACAUCGUUUCAAGAUGUGACGAGUUUGUUUGGUGAGAAGAGUUCAAGGCCAGACACUGAAGUCGCCGGAGCCAGCAAUUCGAAGUCAACUUUCCGUGCCACUCUUUCACUCCAGUCCUGGGAACAAACUGAUGGUGUAUCGCUCCCCGUCAAGGACACAGCGACAGAGUACAGCUCAGAAGAUGACAGUUUUCCUUUCAAGAGCUCUCUAGAAGGCGUACUGUCUGGGCAUUUGUCGCCGCUGGCCUCCAGUUACUCGGCAGGAAGGAAACGACGCCAUGCAGACGAUAGUUCAAGCGGAAUUUUUCCACAAGAUACAGAAAUCAAACAACAGAAAGUUGACGUGGAUGGAGGUUCUGGGGAGCCAGCUGAUGUGUUACCAGCUGACGAUGUGUUACCAGCCAGCGACAUAGACCAAGAUUCCCACCACAGCGGAGCCGAUGAUUGUCGCUAUAAACGUUGUAAGGGAAAUUCGGCAAAAAUUUCUGCUGUGAAGUCGAACAGGUUACGUAAUAUUAUAGGAAAGCUGAAGGGAAUGAGCAGCAAGCGGGCGGCCGUUGCUAGUGAGGUCGAGGAGGAUAAAGAACAGGCAAGUGGACAGGAAAAGCUCAAGAGUAACGACGGCUCGGUGAAAAAGUCGCGCAAACGCAGCAACAGCAGCAAGCAGUGUCCGGGAGAAAGUGCAGGUUUGGAUAAUCCACCAAUCAUUGGUGGCGGUUCUUUGGCGAAAGGUUGGAACGAGGUCCCCACUGUCAGUUCUGUAAGUUCGGCGGAGUCCGUUAACGAGGAUGACAGGUCACAGGAAGUGGAGGAAGACUCGUCGCGGGAAGGAAAGGACGAGGGUAUUGCUGAUGGUGUCCCGGACGGGGGCGAGUUCGUGAGUAGCUUGAUAAAUGACACGGUGGACAACGCACAAAAUCGCGAGUUGUACGGCGCGUACUUCCUCCUGUACCGAUCGGCUCUGCUGCGCCACGAGAGGAGCCAAGCUGGCGAGGAGAAGCCCCACGGCUGCGACGUGUGUGGUGCCAGUUUUACCAUGAAGAGCUCCCUACAGAGACACAAGCGAACCCACACGGGGGAAAAACCGUACACGUGCGAGGUGUGCGGCCUGACCUUCUCGCUGACGGGCUCCUUGCAGAGACACAAGCGAACACACACGGGGGAAAAGCCGUACAAAUGUGAGGUUUGUGGCGUGGCUUUUGCUCGCAGUAGUUCUCUACAGGACCACAAGCGAACGCACACUGGAGAAAAACCUUACAAGUGUGAGAUUUGCUACGUGGGGUUUGCGCGGAGCAGUCACUUACAAGCCCACAGCAGAACUCACACAGGGGAGAAACCCUACAAGUGUGAGGUGUGCGGCGUGGGCUUUGCUCGAAACAGUCAUCUGCAGACGCACUACAAGACGCACACAGGACAAAAACGGUACAAGUGCGAGGCUUGCGGUGUAGGGUUUGCCCGGUUUAGUCACCUACAGACGCACAACAUGACGCAUAACGCAUUGCAUGCAGGGAGGAAUAUGAGGUUUGAGGCGGAGGGGGGAGAGGAUCAGUGAGGAGACGAUCAGUGCUAUGUGCAAUACUUUGGGUGGGGGGGGGGAGG